CCCAUCGACAUACCCUAUGAGCCUGGCAGAGACACUCGUCAGUUUGAGGAAUCCAAAGUCAGAGCGAUGGCCGAAGUGGCCAGCGAACAGAUCGACGAACUCAUGGGCCUGUUCACCAAGGGCUUCGACCCGGGCACGUUCGACCGGGAAGUCCUCGCCUAUCUCCCAGGUCUGUCCGCCAGUAUCUUCCCCGGGUCCUACAAGCACCUCCUCGUGAUCUUGCUGCUGGACUGUGGCGAGAUUGAAAAGAUCCAGAUCGCCUUGGAGACCUGGCUCAACGCUCGCUAUCGUACGCAGGAGAUCCCCACUCUCAGCGAGACUAGCUUGGUCGAUGUCACCUACUUUGUUUCUGAGAUCGAGAUGCUGAGAAAGCUGGUGGCUCCCCUGCGUGGGGACACGUCGGUGCCUAUCUACUGGGUGAACACCCGGCGUAAGGACAGCGGUAUCGUUUACAGGCAGCUGGCUGCGUCGGUGGAGGUCAUCGAACAGUUCAAGAAGGAUAUCAUAACCGCGCUGGAGUCAGACGACGAAGAUAGAGCCAUGUAUGCCGACCUCCCCGUCAGCACCGAACGCACCUCCAUCCUCAGCAUCAGACAGCACCGCCUGGACGCCUGCAAAGCCACAGCAGACUGGGACGGCUUUCCCAAGACCGACCUCGAAGCCACCAGCUUCCACCAGCUGUACAAAUCCUACGUAUGCGAGAACAUGCCAGACAGAGCGCGCUCGUCAGGAUGGCUGCCUCCCAUCGCCCCGGAUAUCCCACACUCCUCCUCCGCCAAAGCAGAGCAAGGAGACCUGUGUGUCUGGCCGUCCGAGCAAUACAACAACGGAUCCCUCGGCCUGCUGCUCAAACUCGCCAUCUGGCUCAGCGUGGCUAGGGGCCAAGCCGCCGUCCAUCUGUACUGUGACAUCGCCCGCCAUUUUACUGCCCACAGGCCGUCCAAGUCCGCUAAGGAGCCCUAUAUUUGCUUCCUGCGUCAGCUCUCCCAGAUCAGAGUCAGCAACAACGGAGUCAUGUCCCGCAUGCAGACACCUGUGCAUCUCCGUAUGGGAGAUGCACAGCUCUCUAACGCGGACUACUUUAUGGAUGUGUGGAGGUCGAACUUUGCCGUAGCUAAGGGGCUGGAAGAGGAAGUCUCCCUUCUCAAAAAGAAAAAUGAAACAACCACCCAGACUUUCCAACUCUCUGAUCCACCUGCUCCCCGCAGUGAGUCC